UGUAUGUAGUUGUGUGAGUUAGUUGUUAAUUUACAUCUAUGAAUCCUCGUAUUAACCGAUUUGAUCCUGGAUCUGCGAACCACCAUUGCUCAACAAGAAUUUGGACAAACAAAAAAUGUUUUUGUUUGAUGGAAUCUUUCUUUUUUUCAUCUGGGUAAGUAAAUACUGUUAUUGCACAAAGGAACAAAGGGCAACCAACGUUCGGAAAAAGAACAAUGACAACAAAAUAAAGCAAAUAAAAGCAACACCAUCUCUCCAGUCUUCUCCAUUGUUGCUUUCUCAUAUAAAAAACCCUCUUCACACUUCACUCCCAGUCAUCCCCACAGACACACCAAUCAAGAAAGUUGCACAUUCCCUAUCUCUUCCUCUCUAGUCUCUACUGCUGUAUCUUCUCUUGCACCCCUCCACCACCAAUAUCAGACCCAUUUGCACAGAACCCGAGAUUCUCCCUGUUCAUUUUUCCAAGUAUUUGUCUUCGCAUUUAUGGCGUAUUGUUAAUGGGUUGAAAACUUUCCAUCUUCUUCUCCUUAUACUUCUUCUACUUGUUCUGAGAAAAGGGUCUUGGGGUUUAUGAGAUUUUACUAGAAAAAGGCUGAAGCUUUAUGAAUGGAGAUAAUCAGAUAGAUGAAGGAGCAAGUUUUUGUUGUUGAAGGAAGAACCCCAAGAUUUUUUAGUUAAAAAGGAGAAAUGGGUGGUACUAGUAUCAAUUUGGUGGUGGUGGUGGUGCAAUUAAUGGUGGUGGUUUCUCUGUUGUGUAUGAGAAUGGGUUUUUGUCAAGAAGAUGAGAAUUCAACUACAUCAAUCUAUAUUGUUUCACUUAAGCAAACACCUACAGUUCUUCUGAAUUUUAAUAAUCAAGGGUUGAAUUUAGAGAAGAGGACUAAGGGUUUUAUUCAUAGAAAUGGUUCUUAUAGUAGACUCAUUACCAAACAUCACAGACCUAGGAAUUAUUCAAGAUCUGAUCGGCGUUAUGCUGCUCAUAUAAGCCGGGUUCAUGAUUCUUUGUUGAAAAGGGCCUUGAGGGGAGAGAACUAUUUGAAGUUGUAUAGCUAUCAUUAUUUGAUUAAUGGGUUCGCUGUGCUUGUAACACCUGAGCAGGCAGAGAAGCUUUCGAGUAGAGAGGAGGUAGCUAAUGUGAUCCUGGAUUACAGAGUUAGAACUGAAACAACUCAUACUCCACAAUUCUUGGGGUUGCCUCAAGGUGCGUGGGUUCAAGAAGGUGGACCUGAAUCUGCAGGCGAAGGAAUUGUAAUUGGAUUGGUUGACACUGGAAUUGAUCCAACACAUCCUAGCUUCUCAGAUAACCUUUCCGGAAAUCGUUUUUCAGUUCCUACCCACUUCACCGGGAUGUGUGAAGUUACGAUGGAUUUCCCAUCUGGUUCAUGUAAUAGGAAGCUGAUUGGGGCGCGUCAUUUUGCCGCAUCAGCUAUAACCAGGGGAAUAUUCAAUGCUUCCCAGGAUUAUGCUUCCCCUUUUGAUGCUGAUGGCCAUGGAACGCACACGGCUUCCAUUGCGGCAGGGAACCAUGGUAUUCCCGUCAUUGUGGCUGGGCAUCACUUUGGCAAUGCAAGUGGAAUGGCACCUCGUGCACACAUUUCCGUUUAUAAGGCCUUGUACAAAAGUUUUGGAGGCUUCGCUGCAGAUGUUGUUGCGGCAAUAGAUCAGGCGGCUCAAGAUGGAGUAGACAUAAUAAGCUUGUCAAUCACUCCUAACAGGCGUCCUCCUGGGAUUGCAACUUUCUUUAACCCCAUAGACAUGGCUUUGCUUUCGGCCGUGAAAGCUGGAAUUUUCGUUGUACAAGCAGCAGGAAAUACCGGACCCUCACCCAAGAGCAUGUCUUCUUUCAGUCCUUGGAUUUUCACGGUUGGUGCCGCUGCUCAUGACAGGACCUACAGUAAUUCUUUAGUACUUGGGAACAAUGUAACCAUCACUGGAGUUGGACUUGCACCUGGAACCGAUGAGAGUACAAUGUACACACUGGUUUCUGCUCUUCAUGCAUUGAACAAUGACACGAAAGAUGCAACUAACAUGUACGUCAGUGAAUGCCAAGAUCCCAGCAGUCUAAGCACUGACGUGGUCCAAGGAAACCUCUUGUUGUGUAGCUACUCUAUCCGCUUUGUGCUUGGUCUCUCUACCAUAAAACAAGCCUUGGAGACAGCAAAGAAUCUCUCUGCAGUAGGUGUUGUAUUUUAUAUGGAUCCUUACGUUAUAGGAUUUCAACUUAAUCCAACUCCAAUGGAUAUGCCUGGGGUGAUAAUUCCAUCUGCAAGUGAUUCCAAGAUUUUACUCAAGUAUUACAACUCUUCCUUGGAGCAAGAUCCGCUCGCAGAUAAAUUCAAAUUUGGGGCCACUGCAACAAUAUUAGGAGGUUUAAAGGCAAACUAUAGCAACUCCGCACCAAAGGUUAUGUAUUAUUCUGCAAGAGGACCUGACCCUGAAGAUAGUUUUCUUGAUGAUGCUGACAUAUUGAAACCCAAUUUGAUAGCUCCUGGAAAUUUCAUCUGGGGUGCUUGGAGUUCUGUGGGCACUGACUCGCUUGAAUUUCAAGAUGAGAGCUUUGCAAUGAUGUCAGGGACAAGCAUGGCUGCACCACAUGUUGCUGGUCUUGCUGCUCUGGUUAAACAGAAGUUUCCAAGUUUUAGUCCUUCAGCUAUCGGAUCGGCGCUCUCCACAACAGCUUCAAUGCAUAACAAGAAGGGUGAACCAAUAAUGGCGCAGCGCGCUUAUGCAAAUCCAGAUUUAAAUCAAUCUCCUGCGACCCCCUUUGACAUGGGAAGUGGCUUUGUCGAUGUAACUUCUGCGUUAGACCCUGGACUGAUUUUUGAUUCAAGUUUUGAUGAUUACUUCUCAUUUUUAUGCGGCAUUAAUGGAUCUGGUCCUGUUGUUCUAAACUACACUAACCAGAACUGUGGAAAUUCAACAAUCAACUGCCGUGACCUGAACUUACCAUCAAUCACAAUAGCAAAACUAAACCAAACCACGACUGUUGAAAGAGUGGUUACCAACACUGCUGGAAAUGAAACAUACAAUUUAUCUUGGUUUGCUCCUUACGGGGUUUCAGUUUUGGUAACACCGAAACGCUUCUUCAUUGAAAGCGGACAAAAGCAAGUUAUAACCGUUACCUUGAAUGCUACCAUGAACAGUUCGGCAGCAAGCUUCGGAAGAAUCAGUCUGUAUGGAAGUCAGCGGCAUAUAAUUAGUGUUCCAUUAUCAGUGAUCUAUAAAAUCUCUUACAACAUGACCGAGAACAGCUAAUUAUACAGGUCUGGGCCAUUUCUGUACCAUCUUUUGUUCAUUCUGACAUGCAAAUUGUGUUUACCCAUUUUUUCAUUCAUUGUGUAAAACUGUAAAUGUGGAAACACUGAUAAAGAAGAAAAUGUAGAUUAUGGUUGCGAUUCAUGAAAAAAAAAUAAUCUGAGAUGCGCUUUAAUUUACGUAUUGGUGUUGGUUCUGUCCAGUGUGUAGUGUAACAAAUGUGCUUCUUUAACUGAAUCUUUGUAAGCUUUGUUGGUGUGAUUC